GAAAAUGAAGUUAACACGAAUGCUGCCCGCGUCCUGUUGUUUGCUGCUGUGCCUGAUGAUACCGCAGGCCCUGCUCGCCCAGAAACCCACCGGCAGCGAAAGUCCUUCCUACUACAACAUCGGUGGUGUGCUGAGCAAUAACGAGAGUGAAUCCCACUUCGGUACCGUGAUUGCGCAUCUGAACUUUGACCAACAGUAUGUUCCACGCGGUACCACCUACUACGAUAAGACGAUUCGGAUCGAUAAAAAUCCCAUCAAAACAGCGCUCAAUGUUUGUAAACACCUGAUAUCCCGAAGGGUUUACGCGGUAGUGGUGUCGCACGAACCGACCGGAGAUCUAUCACCAGCGGCCGUUAGCUACACCAGCGGAUUCUACCAAAUUCCCGUCAUCGGCAUCUCGUCGCGUGAGGCCGCCUUCUCCGAUAAGAAUAUUCACGUGUCGUUCCUACGUACGGUGCCUCCGUAUUACCACCAAGCGGACGUUUGGUUGGAAAUUUUGAGCCACUUCGGCUACACUAAGGUUAUCAUCAUACACAGCUCCGAUACGGAUGGACGUGCCGUGCUCGGUCGGUUCCAGACGACAUCGCAGACAAACUAUGACGAUAUCGAUGUACGGGCGACGGUGGAAUCGAUCGUUGAGUUUGAACCGAAGUUGGAUAGCUUUAGCUCCUACCUGAUGGACAUGAAAACGGCACAGUCGCGUGUCUAUCUGCUUUAUGCGAGCCAAGAGGAUGCGUAUGUAAUUUUCCGUGACGCUGCCAUCCACAACAUGACCGAGUAUGGGCACAUUUGGAUAGUAACCGAGCAGGCACUCAGUGCAAACAACACUCCAACCGGUAUUAUCGGUUUGAAGCUCAAUAAUGCAGAGAACGAAACGGAUCACAUAAGGGAUGCUAUUUAUAUACUCGCAUCGGCAAUCAAGGAAAUGACGGUGAAUGAAACCAUCACCGAAGCACCGAAAGAUUGUGAUGAUUCGGGAGCGAUCUGGGAGUCUGGUAAACGAUUGUUCGGGUACUUGAAGACGAGAAACAUUCGCGGCGAAACGGGCCAGGUGGCGUUCGACGAUAACGGGGACCGUAUGUACGCCGAGUACGAUGUUAUCAAUGUGCACGAGAACCAUUCGUUUGUUAAAGUGGGAAGCUUCCAUUACGAUUCGGAGAAGCGUAAGAUGCGCCUGAAGAUCAAUGACAGUAGUAUUACGUGGCCUGGCAAUACGGGUAAGAAGCCGGAAGGUAUAAUGAUACCGACCCACCUGAAGGUGCUUACGAUCGAGGAGAAACCGUUCGUGUACGCACGAAAGCUGCUGGACGAUGAGAUUGACUGUGCCGAUGAUGAGGUGGUGUGUCCUCAUUUCAAUAUUACCAAUGGAAAUGAACAAGAAUACUGCUGCAAAGGAUAUUGUAUCGAUCUGUUGAAAGCACUUGCUCAAAGAAUCAACUUCACCUACGAUCUGGCCCUCUCGCCCGACGGUCAGUUUGGUCAUUAUCAGCUGAAAAAUCAUACCACCGGUAUCGGUACCACCGUGAAGAAGGAAUGGAACGGAUUGAUCGGGGAGCUGGUGGCCGAACGGGCCGAUCUGAUCGUAGCGCCGCUUACGAUCAAUCCCGAGCGGGCCGAGUUUAUCGAGUUUUCCAAACCGUUCAAAUACCAGGGCAUUACGAUACUGGAGAAGAAACCGUCCCGUUCCAGUACGCUCGUCUCUUUCCUGCAACCGUUCAGCAAUACGCUCUGGAUACUGGUGAUGGUGUCGGUGCAUGUGGUCGCGCUCGUACUGUACCUGUUAGAUCGAUUUUCGCCGUUCGGCCGGUUCAAGCUGUCGAGCAAUGAUGGGACGGAGGAGGACGCACUGAACCUCAGCUCCGCGAUCUGGUUCGCUUGGGGCGUACUUUUGAACAGUGGCAUCGGGGAAGGGACGCCCAGAAGCUUUUCGGCUCGUGUGCUUGGUAUGGUGUGGGCCGGUUUCGCAAUGAUUAUUGUCGCCUCGUACACCGCUAACCUAGCCGCUUUCCUCGUGCUGGAACGACCAAAAACCAAGCUGACCGGUAUCAACGAUGCACGGUUGCGGAACACGAUGGAAAACCUUACCUGUGCCACAGUGAAGGGUUCCUCGGUCGAUAUGUACUUCCGGCGGCAGGUCGAACUGUCCAACAUGUACCGUACGAUGGAGGCUAACAAUUAUGAUACCGCCGAACAAGCAAUUCAGGAUGUGAAGGAUGGUAAACUGAUGGCAUUUAUUUGGGACUCGUCCCGGCUCGAGUACGAAGCAUCGAAGGACUGCGAGCUCGUAACCGCGGGCGAACUGUUCGGCCGCAGCGGUUACGGCGUGGGGCUGCAGAAAGGAUCGCCAUGGACGGAUGCGGUCACAUUAGCAAUAUUAGACUUCCACGAGAGCGGUUUCAUGGAGUCGCUCGACAAGGAAUGGAUCUUCCACGGGAACGUUCAGCAGUGUGAACAGUUCGAGAAAACGCCCAACACGCUCGGGCUGAAGAAUAUGGCCGGUGUGUUCAUUCUGGUCGGUGCGGGUAUCGUCGGCGGCAUUGGGCUAAUUAUUAUCGAGGUGGUCUACAAGAAGCACCAGAUCAAGAAGCAGAAAAAGAUGGAAAUUGCUCGCCAUGCGGCCGACAAGUGGCGUGGCACAAUCGAGAAACGAAAAACGUUACGUGCUUCCCUGGCCAUGCAACGGCAGUACAACGUCGGGCUGAACUCUGUGUCCAAGUCAGUGUCGAGCCAGAAUGCGGAAAAGACGCGCUACCCGAUACUGCCACCGCUUCCCCGCACACCUGAACGGGCAUGGCCGAAGGACAAGGAGUACAUCGUGAACCGAAAGAAUGCUAGCUCGGCCGGCAAACCGCCGCCCCGCUACAUGCCCACUUACGCAACCGAUGUGUCUCAUUUGAUAGUUUAAAACAAAACGAAAACAAACAAACAAAACAAAACAAAAAAAAACAAAUUAUCGGAGGGAAAUUUGAAUAGGGUCGGAACCGUAUCCAUCCACCCCACCGGUCUCCAAAUUGCGCCUAAUGAUGAGUGUAGCC